AUGAAAAUGGAGACCCAAUCUUUGCAGGAGGGAAAAGUUCACUUUUUUCUUGCAGAGAAUACUAAUGGAGAUAUUUGUUACUCCGAUGUUAAUGCUCCGCCAGUGGUUGUGAUGGACAAAAGAGGAAGAGUUCGAUUCCCAGAUGAUGGAAAGAAUGACCAAAUUGCAAAUUCUUUUUGUCCUUUACAGAUUGUUACAGAUCCCAGUGGUCGCAUCAUUGUGACUGAUGUUGAUGAUGCAUGUCUUCACAUUUUUGUUAUGGAUGGUCAGUUUCUGCUGCUUUUGGUCAACUGCGGACUAGAUAAACCUCGAGGACUAAGUGUCAACAGCGAGGAAAGGUUAUGGGUAGGAUUUCUGUCAAGCGACCUGAGAAUGAUUCAGUACACGAUGUAA